GCUCAGGACCCUCUUUUUGAGGCCAAAGGGCCCACUAGUCACUUCGACCGGCCAACGUGUAGCACGUCCAUCGCCCGUGUAGCUGACUUUCUCAAAGCAGGAAGCUCUAGUUUUCGGGUCAUGGCGAUCUGUGCGGAAGCAGCGUCAUGGUCGGAGUCUGAAGCCUCCGAGGACACCGCUGCGACCUGGGCAGACCUGGGCAGCCCGCCGACCUGCGCAAGGUCGAGCAGCUGCAACCACUCCUUGGCCCAGGGGAAGGCGGAUUCACCUCAAGAUAGGAGGACCGGCAUCGUCUUGGAUUGGGAUGACACGCUCUUCCCUUUGACCCACGUCUACUGUGAUCUUCACCUAGACUUGCAGAAACCUUUAGAGGAGCAGAACAUUCCAGAGGCAAUGAAGGCACUCGUGGCCAAGAAAUUGCAAGCAUCUCGGGAAGAGGUGGCCAGGCUGCUAUCGCUGGCCACAUCCUUGGGCGAGGUCAUGAUCGUGACCUUGUCCAAGGACUCCUGGGUGGCGGAAUCGUCGCGGAACUUCUUCCCCGGGCUUCAGGAGAUGAUGACCUCCCUUGGUGUCCGUGUGAUUUGUGCCCAGGGCCCAUCCCAACGAGGCGAGUCCAUGUUAUCCUUUAGCAGCAGACUAAAAGCAGAGGCCAUUACCUCCGCCUGUAGCGAAGGCACUUGGCGGAGCCUGAUCUCCAUCGGCGACUCCGACUUCGAGCGCUUUGGUUGCCGGGCAGCGGCAGAGGAGCUCCAAAACAAACAGGAAUGCCCUGUCUUCACAAAGACAUUCAAGUCCAUGGAGAAGCCAACGGCAGAGGAGCUCACAAAACAGCUACGGCACAUCACUGAGUGGCUGCCACUCUUGGUGGCGAUCCCCAGUGAUGUGGACCUUGACCUGGUGGAUGUCGAGGACGAAAACAUCAAGGCGGUGUCGAUCUCCAACGGUGUGAACACGAUGCGGAGGUUCGAGGCGGACGAGUGAACGUUAUGACAUUUCUUUCUGUGAUCGCACAGUCAUCCCAUUGACAGACCAGUUUGUCGUGCUUUUUCUUUUUUCUGUUUUUUUUGAUGAACAUAGUCAACGGAGACAGUCUCACGGGUUGCUUCUGAAGAGGAGGGUGGUUUCCACUUCGCCAAAGGAACGCACAAGCACAAGCAGCUGGGGUGACCGUCAACGUGACCGAUGCGUGACCGGAUUUGCUGAGAGGUGUGAUGAGGAGAGAAGGGUUGGAUGUGGGAUGUCUUUCCUUGGAGACACACCUCUUGGCUGGCGGAAAUGCAAGUGACAACAGCCAACAUGUGACACUUGACACUUCAGUUCCCAGUCACCACCGCGGUGAGACGGGGCGCGCGGCGUCUCUCUCGGCUUCGGCGAAAUGAAACGCUGCGAGGCGGCGGAGGAAGCCCUGCGAGCCAGGACACCUUGAAGCCGUUGGGGCCCGCGUCUUUUCGAGCUGAGUGGCCAAGAGUUGGGUGUUCUUGUCUCGUCUCCCAGUGAAGAAAGUGCUUCAAGUUGGCCACUCGCAACCCCACGCCCACGCCGGCUUGGCCACUCGAGUGUGUUGAGCGAGUUCAAAAAGCUGCUUUCAGCAUCGCUCCACCGAGUGGUCCACCGGGGUUGGAGCCUCGCAAAGUCUUCGCCCUUGGUUUUGGCGAGCUCUUCCGACAGGUUGACUGGAUGGGCGCUUCGGCGGCGCUUCGGGUCGAGCGUUUGGGCGGUUCGGG